AUGGUGCGCAUGAACGUUUUAGCAGAUGCCCUUAGAACAAUAAACAAUGCAGAGAAACGUGGGAAACGUCAAGUUCUUAUUCGUCCAUGUUCUAAAGUAAUUGUUCGUUUUUUAACUGUGAUGAUGAAAGCAGGCUAUAUUGGUGAAUUCGAAAUUGUUGAUGAUCAUCGUAGCGGCAAAAUUGUGGUGAAUUUGACCGGCAGAAUAAAUAAAUGCUCUGUUAUUAGUCCAAGAUUUGAUAUUUCUUUACGUGAUUUGGAAAAGUGGACAUCAAAUCUUCUGCCAUCUCGUCAAUUUGGGCACCUUGUUCUUUCAACAUCUGGAGGAAUUAUGGAUCACGAAGAGGCACGUAGGAAACAUUUAGGUGGCAAAAUUCUUGGAUUUUUUUUUUAA